GGAGCGCGUGGCUCUCCCGGAAAUCUGCCCGAGCCGAGGCGGAAACGGAGAGAAGGAGUUGUCGUGUGAAGGAGUUUUCUUGUGGAGGCUGCCGUCGCUUGGUGAGCUGGUGUGAAGGGCAGCCGUAAGGCCCCCAGGCCUCCCUUAUGGCGGUCCGAGCGUCCUUCGAGAACAACUGUGAGAUCGGUUGCUUUGCCAAACUUACCAACACCUACUGCCUGGUGGCCAUCGGAGGAUCAGAGAACUUCUACAGUGUGUUCGAGGGCGAGCUCGCAGAUACCAUCCCCGUGGUGCACGCGUCCAUCGCCGGCUGCCGCAUCAUCGGGCGCAUGUGUGUGGGGAACAGGCAUGGGCUCCUGGUGCCCAACAACACUACUGAUCAGGAGCUGCAACACAUUCGCAACUGCCUCCCAGACUCAGUGCAGAUCCGUCGGGUAGAGGAGCGGCUUUCAGCUUUGGGCAAUGUUACUACCUGCAAUGACUAUGUAGCCUUGGUCCACCCAGACCUGGAUAGGGAAACAGAAGAAAUCUUGGCUGAUGUGCUCAAGGUGGAAGUCUUCAGACAGACGGUGGCUGACCAGGUGCUAGUAGGAAGCUACUGUGUCUUUAGCAAUCAGGGAGGGCUGGUGCAUCCCAAGACUUCAAUUGAAGACCAAGAUGAGCUGUCUUCUCUUCUUCAGGUCCCCCUUGUGGCAGGCACCGUGAACCGCGGCAGUGAGGUGAUAGCUGCUGGGAUGGUGGUAAACGACUGGUGUGCCUUCUGUGGCCUGGAUACAACCAGCACGGAGCUGUCGGUAGUGGAGAGUGUUUUCAAACUGAAUGAAGCCCAGCCUAGCACCAUCGCCACUAGCAUGCGGGAUUCCCUCAUUGACAGCCUCACCUGAGUCAUCCUCCAUGCUGUUCCAUGGGCUUCGGCCUCUGGACUUUGGCUCCCUCUCACACCUCACCUAGUCUGUACUGGAUGCUGGCAAGGUGUGGCAGGGAGCUCACCGGAACUGAGUGGAUGGGCACCCAGCUCCCUCACUUGUGCCAUCUCCUGAAUCUGUUGUUACUCUAAAAACCUGCAAUGUCAUGCUGAUUGUUAAUGCUGGUUGGCUCCUGGAUGAGGGUUCUGCUGUCCUGUGCCACCCCAUUAAAGGGCAGCUGCCUCUCUGGUCCUU